CGCAGUGGCUUAGACCUGGAAUAGGAGUCGUGACGUGCAGGAAACCAUUACAACACCACCCGGGCCGUGCUCUCUGGCUGCCGCCGCCACCCCCGCCCUCUCCUCCGGUACACAUUAAAGAGCCAACAACACCAUGACUGACUCCAAGUACUUCACAACCAAUAAGAAAGGAGAAAUCUUUGAAUUAAAGGCUGAACUGAACAAUGAAAAGAAGGAAAAGAGGAAGGAGGCGGUGAAGAAGGUGAUCGCUGCUAUGACCGUGGGGAAGGACGUCAGCUCCCUCUUUCCAGACGUAGUGAACUGCAUGCAGACCGACAACCUGGAGCUGAAGAAGCUUGUGUAUCUCUACCUGAUGAACUACGCCAAGAGUCAGCCAGACAUGGCCAUCAUGGCUGUCAACAGCUUCGUGAAGGACUGUGAAGAUCCCAACCCUCUGAUCCGGGCCUUGGCAGUCAGAACCAUGGGGUGCAUCCGGGUGGACAAGAUCACGGAAUAUCUCUGUGAGCCCCUCCGCAAGUGCUUGAAGGACGAGGACCCCUACGUUCGGAAGACAGCGGCAGUCUGCGUGGCGAAGCUCCACGAUAUCAAUGCCCAGAUGGUGGAGGAUCAGGGGUUUCUGGAUUCUCUGCGGGAUCUCAUAGCAGAUUCAAAUCCAAUGGUGGUGGCCAAUGCUGUAGCAGCCUUAUCUGAAAUCAGCGAAUCUCACCCGAAUAGCAACUUACUCGAUCUGAACCCACAGAACAUCAAUAAGCUGCUGACAGCCCUGAACGAGUGCACGGAAUGGGGCCAGAUUUUCAUCCUGGACUGCCUGUCCAAUUACAACCCAAAAGAUGACCGAGAGGCUCAGAGCAUCUGCGAGCGGGUGACGCCCCGGCUGUCGCACGCCAACUCAGCGGUGGUGCUCUCGGCGGUGAAAGUCCUGAUGAAGUUCCUGGAGCUGCUGCCCAAGGACUCCGACUACUACAGCAUGCUGCUGAAGAAGCUGGCGCCUCCGCUCGUCACCCUGCUGUCCGGGGAGCCGGAGGUGCAGUACGUCGCCCUGAGGAACAUCAACCUCAUCGUUCAGAAAAGGCCUGAAAUCUUAAAGCAGGAAAUCAAAGUCUUCUUUGUGAAGUAUAACGAUCCCAUCUAUGUGAAACUGGAGAAGUUGGACAUCAUGAUUCGCUUGGCAUCCCAGGCCAACAUUGCUCAGGUUCUGGCCGAACUGAAGGAAUAUGCCACAGAAGUGGACGUCGACUUCGUCCGCAAAGCAGUGAGGGCCAUUGGGCGGUGCGCCAUCAAGGUGGAGCAAUCCGCAGAACGUUGUGUGAGCACGUUGCUUGAUCUCAUCCAGACCAAAGUAAACUAUGUGGUCCAAGAGGCGAUCGUGGUCAUCAGGGACAUCUUCCGCAAGUACCCCAACAAGUAUGAAAGUAUCAUUGCUACUCUGUGCGAGAACUUGGACUCGCUGGAUGAGCCUGAUGCUCGAGCAGCUAUGAUCUGGAUCGUGGGGGAAUACGCCGAACGGAUCGACAACGCGGACGAGUUGUUGGAGAGCUUCCUGGAGGGUUUUCAUGACGAAAGCACCCAGGUGCAGCUUACUCUGCUUACUGCCAUAGUGAAGCUUUUCCUGAAGAAGCCGUCAGAAACACAGGAGCUGGUGCAGCAGGUGUUGAGUUUGGCAACACAGGAUUCUGAUAAUCCUGACCUUCGAGACAGGGGCUAUAUUUAUUGGCGGCUUCUCUCUACGGACCCUGUCACAGCCAAAGAAGUGGUCCUGUCCGAGAAGCCCCUGAUCUCGGAGGAGACGGACCUCAUCGAGCCCACGCUGCUGGACGAGCUGAUCUGCCACAUCGGCUCCCUGGCCUCUGUGUACCACAAGCCUCCCAACGCCUUCGUGGAAGGGAGUCACGGGAUCCAUCGCAAACACUUGCCAAUACACCACGGGAGCACCGAUGCUGGUGACAGCCCUGUUGGCACCACCACUGCCACCAACCUGGAGCAGCCUCAGGUUAUUCCCUCUCAAGGUGACCUUCUGGGAGACCUUUUAAACCUUGACCUCGGCCCCCCAGUCAAUGUGCCGCAGGUAUCCUCCAUGCAGGUGGGAGCAGUGGACCUCCUGGGAGGAGGACUAGAUAGCCUGCUUGGCAGUGACCUUGGCGGGGGCAUUGGAGGAAGUCCGGCAGUGGGACAGUCCUUCAUCCCCUCCUCGGUGCCCGCAGCCUUCGCUCCCUCCCCCACCCCCGCCGUGGUCAGCAGCGGCCUGAACGACCUGUUCGAACUCUCCACGGGGAUGGGCAUGGCGCCCGGCGGACACGUGGCUCCGAAGGCUGUCUGGCUGCCUGCGGUAAAGGCUAAAGGCCUGGAGAUCUGCGGGACGUUCACCCACCGCCAGGGGCACAUCUACAUGGAGAUGAGCUUCACCAACAAAGCGUUGCAGCACAUGACUGACUUCGCGAUCCAGUUCAACAAGAACAGCUUCGGCGUCAUCCCCAGCACACCUCUGGCCAUCCACACGCCGCUGAUGCCGAACCAGAGCAUCGACGUCCCCCUGCCCCUCAACACGCUGGGCCCCGUCAUGAAGAUGGAGCCUCUGAACAACCUGCAGGUGGCUGUGAAAAACAAUAUUGACGUCUUCUACUUCAGCUGCCUCAUCCCACUCAACGUGCUUUUUGUGGAAGACGGCAAAAUGGAGCGCCAGGUCUUCCUCGCAACGUGGAAGGACAUUCCCAAUGAAAAUGAACUUCAGUUUCAGAUUAAGGAGUGUCAUUUAAAUGCUGACACUGUUUCCAGCAAGUUGCAGAACAACAACGUUUACACUAUCGCCAAGAGGAACGUGGAGGGGCAGGACAUGCUGUACCAGUCGCUGAAGCUCACCAAUGGCAUUUGGAUCUUGGCCGAGCUGCGCAUCCAGCCAGGAAACCCCAACUACACGCUGUCUCUGAAGUGCAGAGCCCCCGAGGUCUCUCAGUACAUCUACCAGGUCUACGACAGCAUUCUGAAAAACUGACGGCCACCGGCGCCCCCGGCCGCCUGCGACCAGCGCCAGCCGAGAACUCUUAACUGGAAGAAAGUGUGUUGUCGCGUCGAGUCUGAACCCAGGCACACCGGGCCACCCUCCACGGUAGUGACUAGUGUAACCUGUGCUGAGUUAGGGCACGCCUGCUGGGUAGUGUUAGCCCCCCGUGAACGAUCGCUGACCGCCGCGCCGGUCACUCCCCGCCUCUCGCCACCUGCCGCCACCGCCUGUCCUGACCUGCGGGCUCCCCGGCCGCACAGCGGCUGGCGCUUCGAGUGUAGUUUGAUAUUUGUAAUCGAGAGCUCGUUUCAAAAGCAGAAAAAGACAAAAAACAUUAAAGUAAGGGUAAGUGUCGCUGAAACAUAAACUGCACUUUUAUCGUUCUGUGUUUUUGUGCCUGUGGAAACGGCGGGCGCGGUGCGGCCGUGGCCGUGAGUCGGGGCAGCGGGCCGACAUCCACCGCGCAGGCCGGGAGCGCUGGGCCGCCUGCGCCCUGGCGGGGCCUGACUGCGGCGGCCUCGUCCCCGGCCACUUGGAUUUUCACUCUUUUUUCUCUCUCCAAACUUUUUUCUUGUGAUCCCCCUGCCCUGUAUUAUCAUCUCGUUCGCUCGCUCCUCAGUCGGGCAUGGUGGUCUCUGUCCUGGCGCAGGAAUAGGACCUGCCCCUACCGAGGCUCAGAGAAAUUGGAACUCACUGCGUUCCUUUCCCGGCAUCGGACCUAUUAAUGACACUAUGAAGAAUUCCUUUUUUUUUUUUUUUUAAGAUUUUAUUUAAUGUUUUUAGACAGAGGAAGGGAGGGAGAAGGAGAUGGAAACAUCAGUGUGUGGUUGUCUUUUGUAUGCCCCCACUGGGGACCUGGCCUGCAACCCAGGCACGUGCCCUGACUGGGAAUCGAACUGGCAUCCCUGUGGUUCACAGGCCGGCGCUCAAUCCACUGAGCCACACCAGCCAGGGCCUGUGAAGGAUUCUGAGUAGAGCUGGGGAACGGGGACCAAAAUGCCCUUCCCCAACCCCUCUGCCCUGGUCCAAUUCAGAUCUAAAAAAAACAUACUUUUACAUUUAAAACAGACUUUAAGUAAUAACUUAUCCAACUCUUUUUUUUUUUUUUU